GUUUGAGCUAGCGCCUGCGCAAAGGCCACUGUGGAUCUAGCGAUCGAUCGCGUCAGUGCUGUCGGGAGAGACACACGCGAGGAGUCGGAGCUCGGUUUCUUCUACCACCAGCACCCGGCGGAUUCUCGGUGCUCUCCUCCUUUCCCACACCACCCUCUUCGGCCUCCAUUCGGACACCCACCGACCCGUCGGAGAGAAACAUCACCACAAAAGGAAAGGUUGGGGAGGGGGAGAGAGAGAGAAAAAGAGGCUUUUCAAAAAAAAGGGGCUGCGACGUUAUUUUUUGAAUCCGGUGACAUUCUGAGCGCGGCCAUGGAUUCGAAAGACGUGGCGGAUUACGCCCCGGAUUCCUGGGAGCUGGCGGCCGACACGGAUGUCGAGGCCCAGAUGAAUUCCUCGUUCUCCCGGCUCAAUGUGAACGCCAAACCGUUCGUCCCUAAUGUGCACGCAGCGGAGUUUGUGCCCUCCUUCCUGAGGAGCUCGGACGAGGUUGGGGAGACGCUAGAAGGGCCAGAUGCUACAGAUGCCAGCAUGGAAAUCUCGGAGCCAACUGCACCAGUAGAAAAUGGCGAUACAGAAGCUGGAUCUGAAGAAUCAUGGGAACAAAAAGCAGAGCCAAGUGAAGCAGAGCCAGGAGGUGGUCCUGCUGGUGAUGGGGGUCCGCCUUUGGUAACUCCAGUCGGAAUGGAAGAGGACGAAGAUGUGUCUAUGCCCACAGUUGCAGUGGUGGUAGAACCAGGUGCUCCAAGGAAGGAACAUGUAAAUGUUGUAUUCAUUGGUCAUGUAGAUGCUGGAAAAUCCACUAUUGGUGGCCAGAUAAUGUACCUCACAGGUAUGGUUGACAAACGAACACUGGAGAAGUAUGAGAGGGAGGCCAAGGAAAAAAAUAGAGAAACAUGGUAUCUUUCCUGGGCCUUGGACACUAAUCAGGAGGAGAGAGACAAGGGCAAAACAGUAGAAGUGGGCCGUGCAUAUUUUGAAACACAGAAGAAGCACUUCACCAUUUUAGAUGCCCCAGGUCACAAAAGCUUUGUACCGAAUAUGAUUGGUGGGGCAUCUCAAGCUGACCUUGCUGUCUUGGUUAUUUCAGCCAGGAAAGGUGAAUUUGAAACUGGCUUUGAGAAAGGAGGUCAAACACGAGAACAUGCUAUGUUAGCGAAAACAGCAGGAGUGAAACAUCUGAUAGUUCUUAUCAACAAGAUGGAUGAUCCAACAGUAGCCUGGAGCCAAGAUAGAUAUGAGGAAUGCAAGGAAAAACUUGUGCCAUUUUUGAAGAAAGUUGGUUUCAAUCCUAAGAAGGAUAUUCACUUUAUGCCUUGUUCUGGAUUAACUGGUGCAAACUUAAAAGAACGAGCUGAGAACUGCUCUUGGUACACUGGAUUACCAUUUAUUCCCUAUCUGGACAAUUUACCACACUUCUAUAGGGCAUCUACUGGACCUGUGCGAGUACCCAUUGUAGAUAAAUACAAGGAUAUGGGUACUGUGGUUCUAGGCAAACUAGAAUCUGGAUUAAUUGGGAAAGGACACCAACUUGUCAUGAUGCCAAAUAAACACAAUGUUGAAGUUCUGGGUCUCCUGUCUGAUGAUGUAGAAACUGAGACUGCAGACCCAGGUGAAAAUCUAAAGAUACGACUGAAAGGUAUUGAAGAGGAGGAGAUACUGCCAGGAUUUAUCCUGUGUGAUCAUGGCAGCCUUUGUCACUCAGGACGUACUUUUGAUGCUCAGAUAGUUAUAAUUGAGCAUAAAUCCAUCAUCUGCCCAGGUUACAAUGCAGUGCUGCACAUUCAUACUUGCAUUGAAGAGGUGCAGAUCGCGGCCUUAAUCUGCCUGGUCGAUAAGAAGUCCGGAGAAAAGAGCAAGACGCGGCCUCGUUUUGUUAAACAGGAUCAGGUUUGCAUUGCACGUCUAAGGACAGCUGGAACUAUCUGCCUUGAGACCUUCAAAGAUUUCCCUCAAAUGGGGCGCUUUACCUUGAGAGACGAAGGUAAAACUAUUGCAAUUGGGAAGGUCCUUAAGCUGAUCCCGGAGAAGGAUUGAACAUCCACUAUCUAAUGCUGCACAAUACUGUGAUGAAAAAGGACUCAGCAACAGCCUACUUCACGCCUUCCUUUCUUGGUUUCAUUGUUCCUCUGCCCAUCAAUAUCUUUAUCUUCCCAUAAACUGCGAAAUGCUGUAAACGUGUCCACAUUUUACGUCAGCUUUCUCAUAUUGAGAGCUCUGCUAUGCCAUUGUUUAAGCUACCAUUUUAAAUCCUUUUCUUCUGAAAUCUGCUUCCUUAGAAAUACAGCAGUAGCUACCUAACUGAUGUGGACAGAAUUGCCUGCAAAAAUAAAAUUAAACCAAAAAAGUUUAUUUUAUUCUGGCAUCAUUCUCUUUUGUGCGCAUUCUCGCUCACCUGCUUUUUCCAGCUAGAUCAGGUUAUUCAGAUCAGCAUAUGUUUGUGUUAAAAAGGCAUCUGUAGAGAUAAUAAAAUUGAUUGAAAUGUUUGUGGCACUUGGGUUACUUUGGGAAGCUUUAUUUGAAGUGAGCCUUGCAUCAGCUUGGUAACUGGUGUCCCAGCAAGUUACAUUUUAGAUUUUUAAUUUUCACUUCCAGUCCUAAAUGUGUUUUAUAAAUAUCUGCCAUGUACCCACACGGUAUGGUUUUUGUGGGUUUUUUCCAACUUGCACAAAAGCAUGAUGCAUUCUAAUGUAACUUUGUGUGCUGGAAAACAACUUUCAUUGUUUCAGUACUGAUAAAGGUGCAGUGCGUAUUUGUUUGAAGCUACUGCUUCCCUUCCAUUAGUGCCACCUCCAAAAGAAUCAUUUUUUCAAGAAAGGUACACAACCUCAAGUAAAUAAAUGUGAAUCGUUUGGGACGAACCUCGGGAGAAAAGAAACUAAUGAAUGCUACGUGAGCUUUGGUCUUGCAAUCCACGUUGAACAAGCAGUAUAUUAACAUGGGUAAAGAACCAAAAGGACUGCGAGUGCUGGAAAUGAGAAACAAAAAUUGAAACUGCUGGAAAGUCUCAGGACGUCUAGUACCAUCUGUGGAGAGAAAUCAGUUAACAUUUCAAGUCCUGUGUCCUUCCUGCAGAACUGAUUUCUCUCCAUGAAUGGUGCCAGACCUGCUGAGAUUUUGCAGCAGAUUCCGUUUUUGUUAUUAACAUGGGUAUCUCUGUUUGAUUCUUUUGCCGUGAAAUGCUAAUUCACAUAAUAGAUGGGAAUAUCUGCAGUUGAAUUUUUAUUUUCUUGCUUAUGAGCAUAUUACAUAGACCAGUUGAAAUGUGGGUGCACAUUUCAAUUUUGUCACUUUGGGUGGGGGAUUUUAACACUUGUUACUUGAUAUGAAAGUUAAUUUUUCAAUAAAUUGAUUUUAUAAGGGGAAUGGAUAUUUCUUAGAUGAGUAAUGAAGAUUUUAAAAAAUCAGCUGAAUAGAACCAGUGUGGUUGGUAUACAAAAGGAGAAAAUAUAGUUCUUGUACAUAUUUAAAAUUCUUGUAUUUGAGACAGCAGUUAUUUAAUACAGUGGUAAAUUUGUUACUGCUAAAGGGCCAUGAUGGGAACUUUUGAACAUUAAAAAAAAAACUCCCUCACCAAGCAAAGUUACUAUUCCAGUUAUUGAAAGGGAUCUAUGAAAGAUUGAUGGGAUUAGCCCUAAAUAGAGAAGGAACAAUGGUGUGAAUGGGCCAAUCUUGAAAAAUUGCAAUUACGUCUUAUUUUGUUGUCAAGCAACACGUUACCUUCAGACUUUGGACAAAAAAUAUACCUGAACACUAAAUUGAAGCAAAUCCCAUUGAUAUACUGGGCUGUUACUAGUGCAAACUGUACUGCCUGUAAAAUCGAUUGAUCCAAUGCCGUGAAACCUAGUCAUAUUACUUCACCUAUUUUAGGAGUCAACUGGGCAGCCAUCUGUUUUCUCUUUAGUUUUGUUUUGCUUCUAUCAAGUUUAGUUCCAAUAGUGCAAGGAAAUGAGAGUACCAUUGUUUUGUUAUUUUAUUUUCAAAACAAAAUAAUCCAGGAAUUUGCUGCUUUUGAGGAAAAGUUGGUGCUUUGGUAUAUUAAUGGCAAUAUUUCCCAUGGUUUCUGCUAUUGCAGUGCUUUUUUUAAAUUGGUUAAGUCAGUAAGCGUCUAAAGAAAAUGCUAAUUGCUGCUGUAUGAAUGCCCCUUUAAAUGGGCAAAUGUUGGCUUUGUCUUGGUAAUCCCACUUGAAGUUGUCUGUUUUAUAUAAUGAAGUAUCAUUAGCACUGCACAAGCCUGGUGUAAGACAGCACAACUGUUAAAUAUGACCAUGGUAUUGUAUAGUAUACAAGUUUCUUGUAUGCGUUCUUAAUCUCAAAAUAAAAUUUGUUUUCCUUUCCAUUGGCAUAUUGUUUCUAACUGGAGAUCUAGAGUACAUGUUUGGUUUUGUCUUUUCAUCAUGUAAAUGCAUUCAUGUAAUUACAUUAUUAACUAAGAUGAGCAGAGAGGACAGUGAGAAAUUUCCACUGAAGAGGCUUGCUGUAUUACUAUCCUUGCCUAAAAAUACAAUGGUAUGCUGAACAGGUUUCAUACUGGAUACUUUCUCCAGGCUAUGAAAGGACAUACACUUGUAUAGCAUACAUUGCAGAAGAUUUAUAGAGUAUUAGUGGCAAAUACCUUUGGUAAUUUGAUUUGGUGUGUUUGCAAUAAUUCUGCUUUAAAAGUACAAUUUUCUAUCCUAAUUGGGUAUUGAAGUCUAUAUUGAUCAAUGCAUUGUUUAAGGUAUGUGCAGUAAUGAGUUUGUUUUAGCUAAGUAAAUGGAGGAUUAGCACCAUCACGUCCAAAUGCCUAAAAUUAAUCAUUACCUUUAUAUAAAUGUACAUACAAGGCGCUCCUUUCUUAAGAGGUGCUUAUGAUCUUAGUGACCAGGCUAUACAAAUAACCAGGUGAUUUAAAAUAUUACCUUUUGAAGUGCAGUGCAGGAUAUUGUUUGCUAAAAUGCAUGGGAUUCAAUAUCUGUUGAAAGCUAAAAACAGAAAGUUGUAUCAACUUGCUGAAUUUUUCUGUUUAACUGAACUUCAGCUGUAAGUUGCUGUAAAUGAUUUUCUUUGUCCACACUGUACUUUGCUUAAAGUGCAAAUUGCACUUAUCCAUUGUAUGUUAUGAUUCAUUUCAUUAACCAAACUACAGAAGGGUAAAAGUGAUCAUAAGAUGGUUGUAUUAUGGACAAUUUCAUUACAAAUAAAUUGUGUGCAAUGGAACAUUAUCUUCUCCGUGAAUUCCUAGGGAAUAGUCUUGUGGCAAAUGGGUUAUUUAACCAGAAUUGACUGUGUAGAAAAGUCAUUCAUUUAUGUUUUUUUAAGUGCUGGCUCUUCACAUAUGUGUGCACAUUUAGCAAACCUAAAUUGGCUGAGCUAACCUUGAUUGCCAAGAUGAAGUUGUGUUGUGAAACUGUACGUGGGAUAGUGUUUAAAUUGCAAUAAAGUUUUGUUGAAGGUA